CUGCUCAUGGCUUGUUCUAGUCAUGGCUGGUAUCCAAGUGGAGCUCAUUCCAUCAUGCGGCACACGCUUUCUCAUAUACAUCCAAUGAAGCCGUUUGUGGGAUUGUCAGCAUCAGACCAUAUGAGUUGAAGACCUCUUGGUACUUGGCUAUUCGUCUAGACGGGUCUGGACCGACCACUGCUCAUCGCCGCAGAACAGAUGCAAAUAUCAAUCUUGACCUGGUCGAAAGCUAGACCCGGGUUUCGAGCAGGAAUGCGCCAAAAUUAGAACCGUGGUGCAAGCACAUUCUGGUACCGUCUAUCGUCCACGAGUACUAUUUACCGGGGGGAUAUGAUACGUCAUCUACCAAGCCCGGCCAAGGCGGGCAACAAUCGGGGCCAUAUUAUCUCCCCCACAAUCGCAUCUUAUCGUGGACCCCUCCACAGACUUCUACCCCAAGGUCAUUGAUCACAUAAUGACUCUGAUCUCUGCCUUUCGUCCACCAUCUACUCGGGUCUCGUCCUUGGGACUGAGGUCCCGCAAGCAGCGGAGAUCGCCCAAGCGUAGUCCGCGUCGGCGCAGCCGCGAAUUGCGACGGGAUCGGGACGAGGAUGAGGACGAUGAUAGCCACGAUGAAGAUGCGCACUCCAUAAUCACCCCAUCAAAACAUACUCCCAAAGCUAUCCGGGUCUUGCGUGGGUCUGUGGCUGCUGGUGGUCCUUUGCGUCCCUUCCGCUUAGUCAAACAGGAUAUAUUGAACCUGCGUCGGCGAUAUGUCUCAGAUUGGAAGAUCUUCAACCAGCUGAUAUUCGCCAGUGCCGUCUAUGUCUUCUUCACUAACCUUCUUCCUGGGAUCACUUUUGCCAGCGACCUGUACGUCUUAACUGGCCAGCAUUGGGGAACGAUUGAGGUGGUGUUCAGUACUGGCCUAUGCAGCAUAAUCUUCUCUUUAUUUUCCAUCCAACCCUUGACCAUCCUCGGGGUCACUGGGCCCUUUUCAGUGCUCGCAGAGAAUAUUUACAAACUUUGCGAUGAGGUCUUCAAGAUACCUUUCUUGCCUUUCAUGGCCUGGUCACUAAUACAUGCUGGCUGGCUGCACUAUGUCCUGGCAAUCAUAAACGCCCAUGACUGGACAAUGCGAUAUGUCACAACAUUCGCCACGGAGAUAUUCUCCCUCCUCAACAGCAUUAUCUACUUCCACAAAGCAAUUCAGGAGCUGGAACGAGCCCAUGACAGUCUGUCGUUCGCAGCUUUCCUGUACGCCGUCAUUGGUGCCGUUGGAACAAUGCUGUUGGCAAUCUUUCUGUCGACCGCAGAGAGCUGGCGUCCUUUGUUUCACCGAUACAUCCGCAUGGGCCUGACCGAGUAUGCCGCUGCAAUCUCCAUCAUUGUCUUCAUCGGACUUCCCCACAUCGGCGAAUUGGCUCAUCUGGAUAAGAUGACCCUUCCCGUGAGCACCUCCUUCAAGCCCACGUCUCCAGAUCGCAAUCAAUUCUUCGUCGAAUUCUGGCACCUACCCGUGACAUGGGUCUUCGCCGCCAUCCUCCCUGGAGUCAUCAUCACCAUCCUCUUUUUCUUUGACCACGAAGUCAGUUCUAUCAUCUGCACCAUCGACCGCUAUGGAACCCGCAAGCCCGGCGGUUUCGCGUGGGACAUUAUCCUCCUUGGUACCACCACAGCUCUCUGUGGGAUUUUGGGGAUUCCACCAGCCAACGGCCUCCUCCCGCAAGCGCCGCUCCACUCCGAAUCCCUCAUGCAUACCGAGAAAGAGCAGCGCACCAUCCUCGUCGACGGCGAGGAGAAGACUGAGACCUACGAGGUCAAACGCGUCUAUGAGCAGCGAUGGUCAUCCUUUCUCCACGCCGCCGCCAUCCUCCUCUUCGUCAGCCCACCUUUCAUGAAAGUCCUUGGCUUGACCCCGACCAGCGUUCUAGCCGGUCUGUUCAUGUUCAUGGGCGAGCAAAGUCUCUCAGUGAAUCCAAUCCUCUAUCGAACAUUCUACCUCCUCACCCCACCCUCCGAACUUCCCCCCCUCCCUGCCUCCCUCGCCACAACGGCUUCCACCACAAACACCCAGACCAGCAAUCACCCUGAACCAACCACUCAAGAAGAAGAUGCCCUCAAUACCCCCUCCUACAUCCCCAUCCACCUCUAUACCCUCCUCCAAAUCAUCAUCACCGUCGCCAUCUUCAUCCUCACGCUCACGCGCGGCGCCCCGGCCUUCCCCGUGCUGAUCGUCCUCCUCGUCCCCUUCCGCCUCCUGAUCAUGAAGCGAUGGUGGCCCCGCAAGGUCCUUCGCUUCGUGGACGCGUGGGCAUGCAAGGAGGGGACGCCGGAGGACGACGAAGAUGCUGAAGCUGAAGCGCAAGAGCAAGCGGGGAGGAAGGGCGGGGCCCCGGGACAAGAGCCUUCGGGACCCGAUGAUGAGACCAUUAUACCUGCUGGGACGGAGGCGGGCCAGGGGUCUUCCGGGGAAUCAAAUUCUCGGGAGCUCGAUGAGGAAGGGCGGGAGUGGCUUGAGCUCGAGGGUUGGGGGCGGCGGCCGGAUGAGGAGGAGGGCGAGCGGAGACGGGGUUGA